AAAUAAAAUUCAAAAAUUUGUGAUAACUUUAAUUUCAUUUCAAAAAAUGGUAUCAGCUAGUGAAGCAGCUGAGGAAUACAGAGCAGUCCUUUCUGACCUGUCGAGGAAUGACAAAACUCAAAUUAAUUUGCUUACAAUUUUGGCAGAGGACUAUGCUUCUUAUUCUAGUGAAAUUGUUGGAGUUAUUGAAGAAACUCUCUACAAGUGUUCUGUUCCACUCAAAAUUGUUAUGUUAUACGUGAUUGAUUCAAUCGUAAAGAACGUUCAAAUUACUGGAGGUUAUCGUGAACUGUUUGCCAAGAAGAUUGUUGACAUGAUUGUUCAUGUAUUCAAGGAGGUGGACAUCUCUUGAGACAAUUUUUUUAUAUUUUUUACACCAUUUUUAUUUUCUCACAAUUCACUUCUCUCUUCUAUUCUCUUAAAAGAAUCUCUUAAAAAUUCUAUUCUCAUGUUGACGUUAGAUCUCGAUUAUUUUUAAAAAUGAAAAAAUUGCAGGCUUGAGAUUUUGAAUAAAAUUGUGGGCCUGUGUAGGGAUAAUAAUAAUGUUUUAAAAUUACGUUCAAGUGUAUGGUUGAGCUUUUUUGUUUUAAAGCCAAACCCGUUUAGAUUUUCUUGAUAGCUUUUUAAAGAAGAUCCAAAAGUUGUUUCUAUCUUUACGCCCUUUUUUCUCUCUUUUCCGUCCCAAAAGUAAAAAUCCAAAAGAAAAUCUUUUUGGGGUAAAAUUGUGUUUUUUGUAAGUUGAAAUGCUUUAUAAGGAAACGUGGAGUCAAACCCAAUAUAUGUCCCAAGAUGAAUUCGAGCACACCUACUUAAAUUUUAACCAAAGGAGCCUCUAAUUGUUUUUAUGAAUGUUUUAAACGAUGCUGGAUUACCUUAAAAAGUUUCUCUUGGAGUUUUCUAAAUUUUCUUUAUCCUGUUUUUAAAUUUUGUGUUUGAUAUUUCCUUCCCUUUUCUUUCCUUCCCGUGAAACCUUCCCUUUCCCGACUUUUGUAAAUUUAACCAAAAGAAGCAACAACAAAUUUCAUACGUGUUGAGAAGAGAAAUAAUUCUCUUCGACGUUGCACAAAAAUUCUUGAUUUGAAAAACUUGACCUUGUAUUUUUGGGACAUUUUUGAUGUCCACACUACCAGUUGCUGUCAGAUUUGAAAAAGAAUUUUUUGGGGUUUAAAUGGUUAAGAAGG